AUGAAAUUUAACCAUCGUGCUUGGACUCCGCCUCCCGCGAUCCACUCGGUUCAGUUUCCCGACGUGUCUCUCUCGCGCCCACUCUACCACGAAACAACCCGCUCACUGCGAACCUAGGGUUCUUCUGCUCCGCCCCUAAUCGCGGCAAUUCCUUCCGCCCUCCUUUCCGUCAUAUUGGCUUUUCUUGGAUCGCAUGGCGACUAGCGACGAACUCGCCCAAGUCGACAUCUCCACGGAGGAGAAGGACAAGCUGGUGGCCGAGGUGAUGCGCUACGCGCUCUUCAAGACGCACCAGAACUCCGGCUGCCCCAUCAAGCGGGAGGAGCUCACGCAGAUCAUCACCAAGAACUACCGCCAGCGAGCGCUCCCUGCGCUCGUUAUCAAGGAAGCUGGGGAUAGGCUUGCCGCGACCUUCGGCUAUGAGAUGAGGGAGCUCCAGAGGACCCGCGCCACGUCCACCCGUUCUGGACGCCCCUCCUCCCAGCAGCCCAGUAAUCUGGAUGCAAAGAGCUACGUCCUGGUAAGUAAGCUGGACCCUGAGGUGUACAGCAAGUAUGUCGAGGAUAAGGAGCGUGCCCAUGUGUCUGGGUUUGCUUUUGUUGUCAUAAGCAUUGUUCAUGUCGCUGGUGGCAAGAUCUCUGAAGAGGACCUUUGGCGUCAACUGAAACGGUUGGGCUUAAAUGAGACUGAUGAGGACCACCCUGUUCUCCGGAACAAUAAGCAGGCGCUUGAACUACUAGUGCAACAAAGGUACUUGCUGAAGGAGAAGAUUGCUGGUCCAGAAGGCCAUUCCAUGGUUUAUGAGCUUGCAGAGAGGGCAUUGGAUGAAUCCAUCAGUUCCAAGCUUAAAGAAUACAUUUCACAGGUUAUUGCCUUCUCCAUAACGUGCAGCAUUAACAGCUAUAAAAUGUUUGGUUGUGGGCAUAAGUACAGCUACAGCAGAAUGAAGUGGAUAUGAUGCAGCAACCAUCAGGCUUUGCUGUCCAGUCUAAACUCAUCAGUACAACGACGAACUUGAGUUGGGGUGGAAAACCAUUGUAGAGAUUUGGUGGAGGCUUCAUCUGAGGGCUGUAUGGGAGAGGGAGGGGGUAGUCUGCAGAUGCCUAAGACCUGACUUUCUGGAUUUGGAAAAAGAAAAACGAAAGACAUGAGCUUUUGUUGCGGGAACCUAGUGUUGCGGUGGCUGAUCAGCUAGUAUAGUAAUAUGUACUGUACUUCGUUAACCGGGGCUGCAUUAUCUUAACAACGAGUCCUUAUGAAUUCUACGAGGCUUUGUUAAUUCAGGUUUGCUUGCCUAAGCUUCAGGAAACCAUAUAAGUGAUGCGCUGUUUGUCAGGA